AUGACCCAGAGACACCCUGUUAGGCUUCUGUUUUUUGUCAGUUUGGCAUUACACAUCAUCCACUUGGGAGACAACAUCAUCAUCAGUCUCAUACUUUCAAUGUUUUCAAAAGGUUAUCAAGGAGAGAAACAUAAGGGUAACAGAGAAGAAAUCAACAAUGCUACAGCACAGAAGCUCCAGCAGAAAACACUCAACUGGAUGCUGAAUAAUUUUGGAGAGGGGAAUGGAAGCAUGGAUGGCUGGCGGCCCCAGGAUUCAAGUCCCUACCUCAGGGCUUUCCAAGGUGGCGCGCCCCCGCCGCUGCGCUGCUGCAGGAAUGGCGGCACCUGCGUCCUGGGCAGCUUCUGCGUAUGCCCCGCCCACUUCACCGGCCGUUAUUGCGAGCACGACCAGAGGCAGAGGGAAUGCGGCGCCCUGAUGCACGGAGCCUGGACCCUCCACCGCUGCCGCCUUUGCAGGUGUGUGUUCGCAGCUCUGCACUGUCUCCCCCAGCAGACGCCCGGCAGCUGCGGUAAGAGGAUCGCGUCCUGUGCACACAGUCCCCGCACGCCGGGCAUUGCUCCUUGGUACCUUCCAAUCCGCAGAGAUGUAGCUAUGCCAGGCGACACAGAAAUGAGAAGCUGGGUUGAUUGAUCACUUAGGAAAGUCACACUGGUUGUGAAUCACAUAGCAUGUUAUCAUUAUUAUUUAGAGUGAUUCCUAAGUUUACUCUGCCCCGAUUGCUGGGUUUAAAUGUGUUUUCCAAACAGUGGCCUUUGAGUGAGCAGACUUUGGGGAGCACAGCAGCUGGUAAGCAGAGCCAGCCUGGCAGAGAGGUUGCCCACUCAAUCUCCAGUGACACCACGCCAACACCGUCUCCUUAACUUUGAAAUGAGGAGGGCACUGGAGCAGGACAGGGACAGGCGUGGAUGGCCAGGCGCCGCCCUUUAGAGCCAACCAGGCAGUGCUCCCAGAGAAGGAAGGCACCUUGUAACCACCCUCAGACCUGCCAGGCAUAGGAAAAGCCAGGAGGGUGUGGAGAACACAUGGGGUGAACACUCAUUUGUGAGAAUUCUG